AUGAGGGCUCACAGGGAAGCGAUCUCGGCGGCAUCGCGUGUCGCGUCCUCUCUGGUUCGUAGCCACGGGGUGGAAGGACUGGGAUAUGCGGGGGACGUGGUGAACGUGCCAGCUGGCUUCACGCGCAGCAAGCUCAUCCAACGGAAGGCCGUCCUCCCACCAUCCCCCAAACCCAGAGGUGGAAGGGCUCGGAUACGCGGGCGAUCAAGUGAACGUGCCAGCCCGCUUCGCCCGCAACAAGCUGAUUCCCCUCAAGGCCACUCUCCCCCUUUCCCCUAUCCGCCCUCCGCGCAUCAUCAGGAGGUGGAAGGGCUCGGAUACGCGGGCGAUCAAGUGAACGUGCCAGCUGGCUUCGCCCGCAACAAGCUCAUCCCCCAGAAGGCCGCCCUGCCCGCCAUCCCCAAGUUCCUGCGCCAGGUGCGCCUGGCCAUGGAGGCGCAGGGGGGGGCGGGGGGACAGGCGCAGGGGGGGGCGCGGGGGGAGGCGCAGGUGGAGGCGCGAGGGGAGGCGCGGGGGGAGGCGGGGGUGAAAGCGGAGGGGGAUGGGGGGAGAGGGGGCGAGGAGGGGAGUGAGGUGGUUACGAUGGAAGAGAGGGUGAAGCAGGCGGAGGAGAUUGCAAGACGACUCGACAGCCAACAACUGUCGAUCCGAGCCGUCACACCCAAGAGAUCCUCCGAGCUGCGGCAACCAAUCACGCAGCGCCACAUCAUCAGCGAGGUUCGGCGACAGUUCGGCAUCCAGCUAUCCGAGGCAAACGUACCUCUGUCCGCACCUCUCUCCUCCAUCGGGGAUUUUGAAGUGCCGCUGAGGUUCCCGCGCUCUGUUCCGCUGCCGGGGGAGAGAGAGCAGGUUCAGCUGGAUGUGCGUGUCAGGAGGCGUUGA